GUGACCCAAUUCCAACAUGGCUCUGCAGAGCUGUGCUUCGCAGCUUGUGGCGGGGCAUCGCUUUAGUGCCUCAAACCUUGCAUUGAUUGUGCUACUGAUCGUCUUUAGCGAAUUUCACGUGGUUCUUCCCGAAGGGUGUAAUUCACCCGCACCUUCUUCUGAGUGUGGUUGUAACUCUCUGAAUAGAGACGGAAACGAUCGCGGAGACGAUUCGUUUUAUAAAGAGGCAGUAAAGAAAUAUAGCAAAGAGAAAAAUGCAAACCCAGACGACAGUCACGAAAGGAGAAGAGAAGUCAGCACAGAGCCUGCACCCGGAAAACUCAAUCAGAUGGUGUUGAUCCCAGGUGGAGCUUUCCUUAUGGGCACUGAUGAACCUGGCAUCCCUCAGGAUGGUGAGGGGCCAGCCAGAAGGGUGCACAUUCAGUCAUUUUACAUGGACAUGUAUGAAGUCAGCAACCUGGAAUUUGAAAAAUUUGUUAAUGCAACCGGCUAUCUCACAGAGGCUGAAAAGUUUGGAGACUCCUUUGUGUUUGAAGGUCUCUUGAGUGACAAAGUAAAGAAUGAAAUUAAACAAGCAGUUGCAGCUGCGCCAUGGUGGCUGCCUGUCAAGGGUGCCAGUUGGAGGCAUCCUUACGGUCCUGACUCGAGCAUUGCUGACAGCCUUGAACAUCCUGUUGUCCAUGUCUCCUGGAAUGACGCCCUGGCAUAUUGCAUCUGGGCAAGCAAACGCCUACCUACUGAGGCUGAAUGGGAAUACGCUUGCCGUGGCACACUGGAGAAUCGGUUAUAUCCAUGGGGUAAUAAAUUAAAUCCCAAAGGACAACAUUAUGCCAAUAUUUGGCAAGGAGAAUUCCCAAAUAAGAACACUGGCGAGGAUGGCUAUGUCAGAUCUUGUCCGGUAACCUCAUUUCCUUCUAAUGGAUAUGGCCUUUACAAUAUGGUGGGAAAUGCAUGGGAAUGGACAGCUGACUGGUGGAACGUACAUCACACCACAGAUGAGACUCACAACCCAAAGGGCCCAGAAAGUGGAACAGAUAAAGUGAAGAAAGGUGGUUCAUACAUGUGUCACAAGUCGCAUUGCUACAGAUAUCGAUGUGCUGCCCGAAGCCAGAACACCCCUGACAGUUCUGCCUCAAAUUUGGGUUUUCGUUGUGCUGCCGAUAGCCUGCCAAGCUAUCUGCACUGAGCAGAUGCUUGCUCAAAAACUUCAGUCGGAGACUCCGUAACUGCAAUUGAACCAUGAGGGGCACACAACGUGACUGGGGAGCUGCUGGGUUAAUUGGACACCAAAACUAUAAUGCAGCCCCUUGGAAGGAGACGCCAUGUAACGACUUACCUGAAGCGGCGUUGGGACACCAUUCUAGUCCAUUCUCAAGACUCUUUGGAAUAAUGUUUUUUUUUUUGUUGUUGUUCUUUUUUUUAACUCGGCAGUAGGUAAAGUAUUAUUUUGUAAUUAUGGAAUUGUCACAUUACUGUUACAGUAAUUUGAAAUUGCAAAUUAAAAAUGCAGGUAAAUACAGUAUUGUAAUAUCUGGAACCUAACUUUUUUUGGUCACAUUUACAGUCUUUCAAAAUUCUAAGUUAUAGGAUCCUUCAUACUUGAAGAAAGUUUGCAGCUAUUGGAAAAUCUUCCAGAUGCCGGCCACCUCUUAUGCUGUGCAGUGUCAUAAAGAUGAUGGGGACAGUUUCAGGUGGUCAUGUGAUGCUGAAAGGGUAAAUCUUCACUAUUUGUUUUGAUUUCUUUCUUCUUGAGGUGUCCUUCUUCAUCUUCUACAGAGGAUGACUGCCUACACCCACAUCCUCUUUUAGGCCAUUGUCCAUUUCAUUGUGCAGUCGCACUAUCAAUUACAGGUCAGCUCUUUAAAAGAGUGGUUUUUAGUACACCUCUUGGAGGAUCUGGGAUGUGUGGCUCUCUAAAGGCACACGUAGCCAAAGCCAAAGUCACAUUGCAAAAUUUCUAGUCGUCAAGUAUGUCUGACUUGCUGAAUAACACUUGAUCAUGUCAAACGAACCUCCUUAGCAUUAUAUUUUCCCCUCGAAAAAAUAUGUAAAACACAUAGCAGUUUUUGGCUUAUUAAAUCUCAUCUUUCUCCUGUAAAAUGUGCAAAACACUAAAAGCACAAAGUCAGAAGUGCAGAAAGUGUAAUACCGAUACAAAUAAUAAUAAUAAUAAUAAUGUGAACGGCACACUGCACAUGUGUGACAGGAGUGUCAUUUUCGGAUUCUUAGAAUCACUUUUGGUUUCACUGACCGUUUCAGUUUCACUUCGUCAUCACUGCUAAUGAGAGGCGUUUCUUACGAGACGCCAUUAUGAGGCCAGGAGAAGAAGCGUCUACACCGUUUGCCCGAGUAACACUCAGGCUUGACUCUUAUGUAAGACACAGCUAUACCAUUGCCUGAACAAUGCUUGGCACUAAUGCUGUUGACAUUUUUACAGCCCGAGUAAACCUCGGGUCUUACUGGAGACGUGUCUAUACUGUUGCCUGAGUGACACUUGGGUCUAACACUAAGGAAGCUAAAUGACCGUAAAUUGCUGGGCAUUGCGUGACGACUUUCUAGCACAAUCUUGCUUGCCCUGUUUCAUGACUGCUUCACAGAGCCGUGCUGUACAAAGGAUUAAAAAUGUACGCCAAGUUCGGCUGCCAUCUCUUUCAAUCUGUCGGGGUACGUAAAAGAUGAGACAUCAGACAUAUGAACUUCUUUUCUGUUUGUGAGGUCUAAAACACAAGCGUUUGUCAAUCCUCAUAGCUGCAUUCUAUGCAUUGGAUUUCCAGAUGAGCAUUCAUGGUUUGCUGCUGCAACUAAAGACUGGGUGGGCCGUGGACUAGUCAGAGUGAGUCGCUGGUGAUACCCGACUAAAUAACUGACCUUCACGGGAGCCUGCCACCGACUCUCUAAAGUUACGUGAUACAUAGAUAGACUUUAGUAUAGUAGGCAGGAUUAGAUAGAUAGAUAGAUACAUAAUUAAUUAAUUAAAUUCCCAAGGGGAAAUUGACAUACUCCAGCAACAGCAUACUGAUAAAAACAAUAUUAAUUAAAGAGCAAUAAAAACGCAGUGCAAGUACUACGACUGAAAAUCGACGGAAAAUGUCGUGUAAUGUGACAAAGCCUUCAGUUGUCCAUCUGACACCAGAAGUGACUGCGAUUUAAGGUCAAGAUCUGGAAACUCUUGUGGUUUAUCAUGCCCACUGUUCAGUAGAUGGGUAUGAUUUCUCAUAUGGCAUUUUGUUUUUACUAUGUAACAUUCUUUUUUGUACUUUUGCUAACUUUUUUCUGUUUUCUUUGCAUUUUUGCUGUCUUUAUUUACCAGUAAAUUCCCUCAAAUAUUGUAUGCUG